AUGGCACAGAAACAUGGUAAGAAUCCAGAGCAUCGUACAACUGACCAAGUUCUUGCUUCUAUCCGCUCUGAAAUCCUGACAACUAUCACCCGUCCACAUCAUGGCCGUGAAUCACCGAUUAAAUGCGCCGGAUACAUAGGAACAUUCCCGUCCGCUGAGGCGAGCACACCCGCUCCCAAAUGCAAGCGUUGUGGCGGGACAAGGAAUGACCCUCGACGUGCAUCAGCCAGGCGCAAGGAUAAGAUAACACAGGUGAGUGCAAAUGCGUCAGUGUUGUCCCACAAGGUGUAUUCGAAGACCUCGUCAUACCCAGUCAUUCAUGCCAAGGGAUUCAGGACUUUUUACGCAAUACCAGAGAGCUUCUACAGCUUCGACGACAAUCAAGAGGACAGCGGCCCCCGGAUGGCCUCGUCGGGGGCGGCACGGCGCGAGGAGGCGGCAGCUCCGACGGCCGGCGAGACCAAGGGCCCGGCAGACGAGGCGCAGGAGCUGGAUGUCGACGCGAGGCUGAAGGACUUCCUCAGGAGGAUCUCGAAGGAUGCGCGAGACGUACUGGAGCUGGCCAGGACUCAGCGCCUGGGAGGCAUACUGGUGCGGCAGGUGAUGGAGAGGGCCGCGGGGGACUUGGGAAAUGGUAGUGACGGGGAGGACGACGACGACGGUGACGAAGAAACGAGGCUGAUGACGAUGCUCCUGAGCGAAGACGUAGUCGAGAGGAAGGUAAAGACGCUCCUCGAGGCGGCGACGGACGAAGGGAGGCGGGCGACGGCGGCGGAGGACCUGGCAAGGGCGGUAAACGGACGCCUCGGGGACACGGGGGCGGCGACCCUCGGAGAGAACGCGACGAAGGAGACAGCGCGUCACCUGGAGAACGCGGCGAAGAACAUGGACGAGGCAAGGAGGCUGUGCGCGGGCGCGGACUGCACGACGAGGAGAGCCAUGGCGACGGUCAUGAGGAAGAUCCUGGCGGUCAUGAGGACCCGCAUGACCCUCGACCUCGAAAAGAGCGUGGAGAUGAGGGUGACGGUGAUGCUGUGCGACUUCGUGACGGACGAGCGACGGAGGGAGAGGCUGGUCGACGGGCUCGCGACCACCAUGAGGAAGGGGGAGAGUGGGAGGAGGGAGAGGGAGGGAGGAAGAGAGAAGGAGGGAGAGAAGCAAGAAAAAACGAAUGAGGGAAACGUGAAGGGAGGAGGAAGAACUUAGGGCUAAGGAUGGGUAAGGUAAGGGAAAAUAGGAAAGCAGAAGAAGAAAGAUAGUAAAGACGAAUACAAUAAAGUAGUGAAGGGAAGGAAAUACAUCAGUGAUAAAAAAAAAAACAAAUGAAAUAAGGAAUCAGAAUAUAUGCGUGUAUAUAUAUAUAUAUAUAUAU